AUGAGGGGCGAUAUUUCCAAAAGGUCAGAGAGAGCGGGGUUGACGGUGGCGCUUGCUGCGUUCUUUGACCGACACGGUGGUUUGUCUACCACGGAUGGCUGCAGCUUUUAUCGUGUGAAGGUAAAGUUGCCAGAAAAGUUGGUCCAGAAAGACCAAGAGAUGGUCGAACUGAUAGUCGCUUCCAAGUGGGAAGGGGUAGGUGGCCCUUACUUUAAUUUCUUCAAGCACCCCAACAAGCUGCAGCUCGCGGCGGAGUCAGAGCUGAAUCAAGCUAUUGAUGAUGUGGUAAUGGACCAGUUCGUAGAAUUUCUCUGUAGCAACAUAGUACAUCAUUGUAACGGCAAGAUGGAUCAGAAACUACAAUCUCGUUUGGAGGCGGAGGUAGCUGGCCCGUAUGCUUUGCAGUCAUGGGAGGCCGUCCCGGUCGGCAAGGAUCAUGUUGCCUUGGGUGAUGAUGUCUUCAUGAAGAAUAAGGUCCUUAUGGAUGAGAGCUAUAUAGAUGAUGAGGCCUUAAUGGAUGAUGAUUAUGCUGAUGAUUAUGAUUUCCUCUCGGACGAUGAGGUUGCCAGUCACGGGACGUCGGUAGAGAGCGUGGCGGAGCUGGCCGUACUCAAGGCCGAAUCCUGUUCCCGAGUUCCGAAAGAUCAAUACUGGGUGAAUCAGCGGCACUGGGAGUUGAAUCACCACGUCUCCCGAUGA